CGGCUCCCUCGGGCAAACGAAUUACGCGACAAUUAACUUAUUAAGUUCGAAAAUUGUGAAGGUCGCCGAAGACCCAACAAUGAAGAAGUGUUUCGCAAAGGCUGGCCUUAGCCGGUUAACAUUGACAUAGACUUGUGCUCCUCAAUUGUUCAAUGUUACUGUUAACCCUUCCACGCUGGUGAAGAACCGAAAUGGCAGCUUUCUAAAUUUCAUGGCAAAAGCGUCAACAUUGAAACGGAAGGUAAUAUAAUGAUGAUGGCGGCGCUAUUUGUGGAAACGUCGGAGGGACUUUGACGGGAAUGUGUCCGCGAAAUUGUUAAAAAAUGAACGUUUUCACGCAAGUUUUCGGAGUGGCGCUUAAUUUUCUCAUGAUUCCGUUCAACCCUUCGGCGCCGCCGAUGCCCUACAUUGUCAGUGAGACCACGUGCCGGAUUACCAAUUUCAAAUUUGGUGAAAACGAGAUGAAAGUGAGCCUCGCCCCCAGAGGCUACUGUCCAAACUGCUGUCCGGUAAAAUCCGGAGUUGACGUCCGGUUCGUGCUUUAUACGAAAUCCACUCCUGAUAGAGGCGCGAUUAUCGCACCAUCACCCGGAGCUGCACGCAGGGCCGGCGUUGACCCGCUGGCGCCCACCGUUAUCUACAUCCAUGGGUUCUCGGAACCUUCGCCGGGGAAAAGCGGACGCGGGAUCGCCCAUGCUUAUCUCAGCCGAAGGGACAAUUUCAACGUUAUUCUGCUGGACUGGUCGGAUUUGUCCACUUUUCCGUGGUACCUCCCAGCCGUCCGGAACGUGAAAAUCGUGGCGGAAAAAUUGCGGAAAUUUUUGGAGGUUUUCAACGAUAGCGGGGAAAUUCCGCUCGGGAAUGUGCACUUGAUUGGGUUCAGUCUGGGCUCGCAUAUCGCCGGAUUUGCCGGAAAGCAGCUCCGGAGGGAGCUCCGGAUUCCGAGGAUCACUGCCCUGGAUCCGGCGUUCCCGGAAUACUCACUCAAUGACGCCUCCCGACGCCUCACCCGCACCGACGCCGACUACAUCGACGUGAUCCACACCGACGCGGGCGUCCUGGGUCUGCCCAUCUCGGUGGGUCACGCCGACUUUUACCCCAACGGGGGCCGAGCCCUGCAGCCCGGCUGCCAGCCCAGUUACUUGGUCCAGCUCCGGCUGGUGGAUCAGAUCUUCGCUUGCAGUCAUGUGAGAGCCUGGAGACUGUACGCCGAGUCCGUGAUGCAUCCGGAAGCGUUUCCGGCGACCAAAUGCCAAAUCUGGCGCGGGCCCAACCGGAAGUGCAACUUCACGAGCGAUGCACUGAUGGGUUAUGCCAAUAACAACCGCAGCCAGGGACAGUUUUAUCUGAUAACGGGGUUCAAAGCGCCUUUUGCCAAGACUGCCAAUCAACAAAUGACUGAAUAGUGUGUAGGAUUUUUAUUGUUAAUUUGUUGUUUUAUUUAUUAAAUGAGAAUUAAAUAAAUCCGA